CAUAACCGCACGCCUUCCCGUUGUCCAUUUGCUCCACGGGCCAGCCUGCCGGCGCCGCCACUGCAAAGUCCGUACACACAGACACACAACGCACGUCACCGCCAUGUCUGCCGCCACUGCUUGCAUGCCCCUGGUCCUUGAUCCGUCUCCUCUCCAUGGAUCGGCGGCAAUGGCAGAUGCCGUUGAGAGGCGGCAGCCCGGUGGCAUGGAGACCACCAAGACCGGUUCCGAGGGAACGCUCGGCCGCGUCGUCAGGAGCCAAGUGUUUGGCAACGAGGACGACGACCGUGCUGGGCACGGCGACGGCGACGAGGUGAGCAAGCCGCGGGCGGUGGUCCACACACUGACGUGCGAGCGCAAGCCAUUGUUCGAGGGCUUCGCGCUCUGGCGGAGCAUCGGCAGGCCUGAGCUUCCCGAACUGGAUCCAAUCUUAUCGUUCGACGAAUUCGAGUUUUCUGCUCCAGCUGGCUUCCUUGACCAUCCUCACAGGGGAUUUGAGAACGUUACCUAUAUGCUCGAGGGCGGCAUCAGUUACCACGACUUUUCAGGCCACAAGGGAACCAUCAACCCAGGAGACGUUCAGUGGCUGACGGCGGGGCGCGGCGUCGUGCACGCGGAGAUGCCCGCCGCCGGCCAGGGAGUACAGAGGGGCAUCAACAUCUGGAUCAACCUCUCUGCCGCCGACAAGAUGGUGGAGCCGAGGUACCAGGACCUGGCGAGCCACGACAUCCCCGCCGCCGCGGCGGACGCCGCUGGCGGCGUCUCCGUCAAGGUCAUCGCGGGCGAGUGCCUCGGCGCGCGCUCCCCGCUCCGGCCCCGCACCCCGGCGCUGUGCCUCGACGUCGCCCUGCGGCCCGGCGCGCGCCUGCGCCAGCCUGUCCCGCGCGGGUGGAGCGCCUGCGCGUACGUCAUCCACGGCGAGGCCGCCUUCGGCACUGCCUCCGGCGAGGGUAACGGCGCCUCCACGGCUACCGCGCGCACGCUCGUCGUGUUCGGUGGCGACGGCGACGGCGUGGAGCUGCGGGGCGAUGCAGCGGGCCAGGGCGCGAGGGUCAUGCUGGUCGCAGCUCGGUCGCACGGCGAGGCGGUGGCGCGGGACGGCCCCUUCGUCAUGAAUACCCGGGAGGAGGUGGACCAGGCGCGGGAGGACUACCGCCACCGCCGCAACGGCUUCGAGAUGGCCGACGGCUGGACCUCCGAUCACGCCUCCGCAGCUGAAAAGCAUUCAUAGGAUACACCUACCUUAGGCUAGUCGCGCGCGGAUGCAACUGUGUAAGGCUUUAUAUGUAGUUUGAUUUCCAUCAAUAAUCCACAAGUUUUAUUUCC